GGAGAUGUGGCAACACAGCCACACUGUCAAAUUCCAGUAAUUAUUGUCCUCUGCUGUUGUUGAAUUACAAACCGAUUUUCCGCUUUUGCAUAUAAACCUAGCAUAUAUUUGCCCGAUCCGAGAGUUGGCGGUGAUCCGUAGAAAGCGCUUUGGUAUUUCCCGCUAUCUGAGAAGUGAAAACGUGUCCGGAAAAUUGAAAGGCCAGCGGCAGCGAGUGCGAGCGAGAGAGCAGGUGACAGCGACACCGACAAGAUUCCCCCUCCUCUCCGCCCCCUUUUGACUGUUAUUUUUGCACGGCACGGGAAAAACCGAAGGAAAAGUGUGAUUUUCGAGAGAUUUUGCGCCGCAGUCCAGCCGGAAAAUGCUAAUAAACCUUAAGGUGAAGACCUUAGAUGCGCGCAUCCACGAAUUCAGCAUCGACAAUGAGCUCACAAUACGCCAGUUCAAGGACCAAAUAGCCGAGAAGACCAACAUUGCGGCGGAGAACCAACGUAUCAUCUACCAGGGUCGCGUUUUGGCCGAUGACAAGCAGGUGAAGGAGUACGAUGUCGACGGCAAGGUGCUCCAUGUGGCCGAACGUCCGCCCUUCUCUCAACGUGGUGCCAACUCCCGGAACAAUGAUGAACCCAUGCGCCCCUUCCGGAAUGUGGCGCGUCCUGCACCGCCCGGAAUGCGAACUUCUCCGUACUUCCGCGCCCUCGAUGGCAUGCUGGUCGGCACCAUGGCCAUUCCCGUGAACAAUGGCCCAGUGGCUGGUACCCGCACUCCCCCGAAUCGCUAUCCCAACUCGUCGUCCUUCUGCAUCAACCGCAUCACCGUGGCCCUGCACAUGAUCGAUUGCGCCGACAAUAUAGCCGCCUAUCUGGAGAAUCCCGCCGUGGGUCUGAACAAUCAAUCCCUGGACAUACUGCAACGUGGUCGCUGGUCCAUGGAGUCCACCGUCGUCGAGGUGGGCGUCUCCUCGACAGAUCUGCCGCGCAACAACAACAUUAUUGACAUGGUCCAGGAUGCUGUGACCGCUGCUCUAUCGCGGACUGGAGCCCGCAACUAUACGGUGGUGCAACUGCCCACUGUUUACACCAAUGAGAAUGGCGAGACCAGCGAGCAACGGGCGGGAGAGGUUGCCAGUAGCGAAGGAGCAGCCACCGGAACCGCCAGCGAUGCCAGUGGUGAGACCACUGCGGCCACUGUGAUCAUUGAGGAUGUGAUCGAGACAGACGACGAGGCCACCGAUGGAGCCUCAGACCGUUCGGCCACGCCUACUCCAGAAACAGAGGCGGAAGGAGCAGUGGGUGGCCAGCCGGCGGCUGCUGCUGCUGCUGCUGCUGCUCCUGCUGCUGACACUCCCAGCUCCUCCAAUGGGGCGGCAAAUGAUGCUGCAGCUGGUGGUGAAGGAGGAAACAACUCGGGACCCAGACGGCGCACUCGUCCCCAGGUUCUGGCCCAGGUUAUACAGCACUAUCGCGGCGUGCAAACGCGUUUGGCGCCCUUCGUGGAUCGCUACUAUGAGAUCCUCCAAAACGAUCCGACCUUCGAGGAGAGUGACACCGCUGGACGUGAGGAUGCCCAGCGCAUUUUCGACCGCGUAUCGGAGGCUUUUCACUAUCUUUCGCAUGCCCAGCAUGCCAUUUCCGAUUUGAUGCUGGACUUGUCACAGCCCGGACCGCGUGUGCUCACCUGCCGACCCAUUCUCGUCGAGCAGAGCGGCUACAUACGCUCCAAUAAUAUUUUCACGCCCAACUUUUUGGCAAUGCCACCGGCUGUCCUCAACGACCCAAUCCGUGCCUUUUCUGCUGCUGCUGCUGCUUCGGCUGUCACUCAAACGCCGCCCACAUCGGCAACCACCCCAAAUGCUGUGCAGGCGGCCACCGACGCCAGUCGAAGUGCGGCGGCCAUGGCGGAGAUUGCCAGUCGGGCCGCUGGAGCCGCUGCAGAGAUGGCCGCCGGAGCUGCCAGCGCAGCGGCCGCAGCUGCUCGCGGUUUGGUCAGCGACCACGUGGAGGACCCCGUCGACGAGCCCAUGGUGGCGCCGAAUGCAACUGGUGCUGGUCACCAAGCUCAGCAGCAGCCACGACUCGAAAUGGAUCAAACUGAAGCUCCCGAAAGAGAGCCCCGAGCAGCGCCUAGGCUGCGUGUCUAUGUGCCAGUGACCUUGCCUCCGUCCAAUCCCCAACAGGAGAUGGCUCGUAUAAUUCAGGCAGUGGUCAACAGGGCCACCAACGAAGCAAACGAUCUUCAUGUGGAGUUCAACUCGCCCAACGUUAUGUCGAUUAAUUUGCCUGUGCAUGUGAUGACCGCGGCAGUGCGUCAGGCACCCACUCCUGGAGCUGCCGAAGACUCUGCACCUUCGGCUCCGACUGCUGCUGAGGAAUCUUCCGAAAGUGCUCCUGCAGCCGGAAGUGAAGAUUCGCCGACAGCAGCCUCCACUUCGAGCGGAACACGCAGUGGGGAACAGAGGGCCAACACCUUGCCCACCACGGCCACGCAAACGCGGUCGACAUCCAGACCCCAGAUUCAGAUUGGCGGCAACAACAACUGGGGCGGACGCAUUGCUCCGACGCACACUGCUUUCGAUCGCUUCCUGCCCUGCAAUAGUCAUCACAUUCGGGAGCCAGAGCCGCUGCCCCACCACCACAACAACAACAUCAGCGGUGCGGCGGCCAACAUGCGCAGCACGAGCAUCGCGCCCGCAGGAGGAGCAACCGUCGUCUCGCCCACAUCCGCCAUAGGAACUCGUCCUGUCACCUCUGGUCGCAUCCAGCGCGGCAGUGCCUCCGUCCGUCCAAUGUGGUCGUCGCGUCGCCAGCGUCGCGCCAGCGAGCCACUGAACAGCCUACGGCCGGCAGCCUGGGCGCAGACCCAGACCCAGACCCAUACCCAGACCAACCAUGUUCAAGGCGGUGGCACCACCAAUGGGGCCGGAGUCGGAGCCGGAGCCGCAAGAGUGCGGCCCACGGGAGGAUCGGCAAUUAGUCGCGAUCGGUUGGUGGCUCGAACGGCCCUCGUUGGUGGUGGCAGCACCAACGGAGGCCUGCCCUCCGCCCGACUCCAGACCGCCAUCAGGAACUGGUCCAGACAAUACACUAAUUUUAUGCUUGAUAAUCUGAGAAAUAAUGCGCAAACAGCUCCGGCAGGCAGCGCCGUCGCCGCCGUUGGAGGUUCGGCCGGCGCCCCCGCAUCAGUUGCUGCACCAGGAGGAGCGGUCACAGUAGCAGCUGCUCCACCACAAGCUGCUCCAGCCACACCAGCCACUCCAGCCCAUACUGGCGGUCAGUCGAGCAACCUUCGCUCUCAGCUGCGCAGCUUCCUCAACGACAGCCUUUUCGCCGGAGUGCCCAUCAACGAACAGACAAUCCCAGAUGCCAUAGGUCGUGCCCUGGAGUGGUUCGGCGAGAGUCUGGUCUAUCUGCCGCAGUACGAGAGGCCGGAGUACAACUCCCGCGACUCCGUUUGCAACAUCCUGCGCGUCAGCCUCCGCCUGAUCAUUGAGCUGUGCAGUGCGGCUCCCGGCGGAACGGACAGUGCCCAGUUCGAGCAGACACUCAAGCAGAUCUGCGACCAGUUCCGCAAGCGCCUCUACAGCGUCCUCUUCUUGUGCCUGGGCAGCGCCAAUGCGGAGCUCUACUGGCGCCAGCUGAUGCGCCUCCUAUGCGCACCCAUGCGAUCCAAUUUCCACAACGAAGCCCUGCAGUUCUUGUGCAUCUACAUAGACCCCACGAUUCCCGCACAGACGGACACUGUGGAUGCCCAACAGUUCCUGGUCCUGCGCAGCGUUCAGGCAGUCCCUCCCACAGCUGCCGAGGAAUCAUUCGUUGCGCCACCGCCGCUUGCCUUCAAUCCACAGCAGCAGCAGCAGCCGCAGCCGCAAACUCUGGACUUGGAUGUGGAGAUGGCUGAAUUGGCUACCAGCAGCAGCAGCAGCAUCAGCUCACCCGCAUUCCAAAUGCCCUCCGUAAUUGUGGGUUCGGAGCCCUGGCACAUGAGUUUCCCCAAUGACUGGUUGCCUGUGAUAACGCGCGACCUGCAGACCCAGACUGAGCAGAAUAGCCGACCCCAGGCACCCUUCUCCGAUGCCUACAUCUCCGGAAUGUCCGCCAAACGGCGCAAGAUUAUCCAGUCGGAGAAGCCGACGGCCAGCGUGGAGUGCCUCAUCGCCAACGGAGUGCAACGGGCCAUCCAUGGCGUCGGCUUGGGAGGAACCGGUGGUGGUGGGGCCUCCAGUUCCUCGAUCAGCACCGAUGCCGUAAUCGGAUCCAUUGCCCACGAUGCCGCCAUUCAGGCCUCCUACACAGAUGCGGUGCGGAAUAGUUUGAAGGAGCGCAUUAAGCAGGAUGCGGACUUUAAGCCCGGCAAGUAUCCGCAGAUCGCCAAGUUCGCUGAGCAAAAUUAGACGACGGUUGCAGCGAUGGAACCCUGGCCACCUAGUGCUUGUUGUACAUUUUACUUUAAAGCAUUGUAUUUAAUUUAGUUAAUGGCUAAGUUCUGUUUAAAUCGAGAGGACGACGAAGAUUGCGACACCACCAAUACACGGAGAGGACCUUUAGCAAAUGCUUCAAACUAUAUAGAAUAAUAAUAUCCAACUGAUAUGUAUCCACACACACACACACUCACACACACUUUGGGACACGACAUGGAGUGCAAGCAAAAAACGCUUUUGGGGCUGCCAUAAAGGAGCAAAAUAAACACACAUAUUAACCGAAACAAUGGCGAUCGGAAUUGGAUUGAAUGAAUUUGGAUUUGGAUUUGGAUGUGGAUGUGGAUGUGAAGAUGGGACCACACACCGCGCGGAAUGCUUUCAAUUGUCCCAAAUGGCGGUGGCGUCCCCGCGUCGCGUGACGUGGUGGAAAAGCAGACCAGAGCCGUGACGACAGCCGAAUUCCAAGUUCCAGGCAAAUAUUUUUUGGCCGUCGCACAAAUCGGCAUUGACGUGAGCCGAUGGCACAUGAUUUCUGGAUGCUGGAUGGCCGAUGACGACCGAUGCGGAAUGUGCAGAGCAAGUCAAGUGGAUAGCCCCGAUAGCCAGAAGCAUUACAGGAGGCAUAUCUACAUCACACCACCAUUUGACCAGCCCCACAACCAGCCACAAUCCAUCCCAAUCCAUCGUCAUCGCAUUCCGAUGCCUACGCUACCCGUGUUAUUGUUGUCGCCUGCAAUCGAAACACGAAAAGGUGUCACAUAAAAAUGUUGUGAAUAUUUAUGUGCAAAAAAAAAAAACACAAAAAAAAAAAACAAAAAAACACCGAGAAUCAGCAAAAGAGAAGAAAACACAUGAAUAAAUAAUAAUUAUUAAUA